AUGACUCAAUCACGGUUCUGUCUAUGUAUUCUUAUUCCACUCUUCUAUCUAUCUAUCUAUCUAUCUAUCUAUCUAUCUAUCUAUCUAUCUAUCUAUCUAUCUAAUUCUAUUCCUAUCUAUCUAUAUCAUUCUUUUCCAAUCUAUCUAUUAAUAUAUGUAUAUAUGUGUUUGUGUGUAUGUGUCUGUGUGUGCAUAAAUUUAUUCCUAUCUAUCUAUCUAUCUAUCUAUCUAUCUAUCUAUCUAUCUAUCUCAGUCGGUUCCUCUAUCUAUCUAUCUAUCUAUCUAUCUAUCUCAUUCUAUUCCUAUCUAUCUAUAUCAUUUCUUUCCAAUCUAUCUAUUAAUAUAUAUAUAUAUGUGUUUGUGUGUAUGUGUCUGUGUGUGCAUAAAUUUAUUCCUAUCUAUCUAUCUAUCUAUCUAUCUAUCUAUCUAUCUAUCUAUCUAUCUAUCUCAGUCGGUUCCUCUAUCUAUCUAUCUAUCUAUCUAUCUAUCUAUCUAUCUAUCUAUCUCAUUCUAUUCCUAUCUAUCUAUAUCAUUCUUUUCCAAUCUAUCUAUUAA